AGAAGAGUCAGUGUGGACUUAGGCCACUGAAGAUGGCGAUCCAUUUACCUUGUUUGCCGAUGAUGAAAAUCCUCUCCUAUCUGGAUGCCUACAGUUUGCUACAGGCUGCCCAAGUGAACAAGGACUGGAAUGAACUUGCCAGCAGUGAUGUCCUGUGGAGGAAAUUGUGUCAGAAGAGAUGGCUCUACUGUGACAUGGAUACCCUGCAGCUCCAGGGCAAAGAGACAUGGAAGCAGUUCUUCAUUGAUCGAAUAUGGCAAGAACGUGCCAAGUUCCGUGCAAAGGCAAAAGAUUUCACUUACAAGGAAAUUCCUUUGAUGUGUGGACUUUUUGGAUAUGCAUGUUAUAUCUCAGGGUGUGGCUUAACAAGAAAGGGACAAGACAAGUCUGUUGUCUGUAUGGUGAAUUCCAAGAAUACAAUUUCCACCUGGGAUGUUCACAAGAGCGUUAUAACCUGGAAAAGCCCAGAACAGCCGGCAAGUAUCAAGCUGUUGACUACCCUCCCUGAGAUGCACAUUGCAGUCACUGUAGAUAUUCAAUCAACUAUCAAACUGUGGGACUGUCACAACAGGGAAGCUCUGGCGACUAACAACCUGAAGUCUCCAUGCAAAUCACUGAAAGCUGUCUUUACCAAGGAUGGCCCAAUUGUCUUGAUAGGUGAUACCUUGGGUAACAUCCACAUCUUUAGGAUUCCAGAUUUAUACCUCAUUUCCACAGUCAAUGUAUUGCCAUAUGGUUUUGAUGGAAUCUACUGUUCUCCUCAGAAGAAAUGGGUCUUACUGAGUAAGAAACACCCACAUAUUUUGCCAAAGGUGUUUUACAUGAGCAGCUUUCUGAGGACAUCAGAAUUCUCUGCCCCUGUGUCUACCGUUCUCAAAUUAUCCUUAUAUGAAAGAGUCUUCUGGACACCAAGAAGGGAAGACAGGAUAACCCUGAUGUCCAGAAGUGGUUUCCCCCAAGUCAAAAUGUUUGAAACAUAUGAUAUCAAGCUGGAAGAGUUUGGGAACAAAAGAAUUGUUAAAGGAAAAUUGAUAGCAAGCUUCGAGUUACAAUGUCACAAGGUGAACCCACAGAGGUUUGGAGUCAGUGAUAAGAACGUGAUUGUUUGUUCAACUGAAUCCUCUCUCUUGCUCUUCGACAUAAAUGGUCUCCGUCUAAAGACAUUUCAGUACUGCCCAGAAAUGAUCGUGAAACUCAGUGUGGACCCCCUUCAUGUCAUUGUCAUUUGUAACACUGGCUCUAUGGAUGUGUAUGCAUGGGAGGAGAGAAGCCUGCUGCUCAGGAAGUGUUAUCGACUGCACAUUGAGAGACCUCUGCCACUGUACGGCUUCAUUUAUAAAGCAGCAUGUGAUGAUGUGAGCAUAAUUCAGUUGAUUACAGAUGAGCUCAGCCUCAGCUCUCUGACUUCAUAUGCCUUGAACAUCUGCUCUUGAAAACUGAAUGGGUUGUGUAUCCUCUUCCUCAAAGAUAAUAAAGGCCUAUUUGCAAGCCCAGG